AUGGCGGCAUCGACGGCAUCGACGGCGUCGCCGCAGACGUUCCGCAUCCUCGUCCUCCCCGGCGAUCACGUCGGUCCGGAAGUCAUGGCCGAAGCCCUGCGCGUCCUGGACGUGGUGCAGGCUUCGUCGUCGGGGAAAAUCAAGUUCGAAUACAACCACCAGAUUGCCGGCGGGUGCAGCAUCGACAAGCACGGCACGCCCAUCACGGACGAGGUGUUGCGUAUCGCCAAGGAGGAGAGCGAUGCUGUCUUGUUCGGCAGCGUGGGUGGGCCGGAAUGGGGCACCACCUAUCCCAACCCGGAAUCCGGCCUGCUGCGUCUCCGACAGCACCUCGACGCCUUCGCCAACAUCCGGCCCUGCACCUUCUACUCGCGCUCCCUGAUCCCGCUGUCGCCGUUGAAGCCGGCCAUCGCGGACGGGACCAACUUCAUCCUGCUCCGGGAGAACUGCGGCGGCGCCUACUUUGGGGCCAAGGUCGAGGAGGCGGAUUUCGCCAGCGACUCGUGGGCGUACCGACGCGACGAGAUCGAGCGGUGCGCCCGAGUCGCCGCGGCGCUGGCUACCACCAUGGGCAAGGACGGCCUCGGCACGGGCCAGUGCCCUGACGGUCCCGCGACGGUGUGGUCGAGCGACAAGGCCAACGUGCUUGCGUCGGGCCGGCUGUGGCGCCGCGUGACGAGCGAGGUGUUCGCCAACGAGUUCCCCAACAUCGAGCUCAAGCACCAGCUCGCCGACAGCCUGAGCAUGUUGAUGGUCAAGAACCCGCGCAUGUUCAACGGCGUCAUCCACACCGACAACACCUUUGGCGACAUGCUCUCCGACCAGGCCGGCGGCGUCGUCGGCACCCUCGGCGUCCUGCCCAGCGCCAGUCUCUGCGGCAUCCCCGAUGGCCACAGUCGGUGCAACGGCAUCUACGAGCCCGUCCAUGGCUCGGCGCCCGACAUCGCCGGCAAGGGCCUGGUCAACCCGACCGCUCAAAUCCUCUCCGCCGCCCUGAUGCUACGCUAUUCCUUCAAUCUGGCGCCCGAGGCCGCCGCGAUCGAGGCCGCCGUCCAGAAGGUGCUGGAUGGCAAGGACAUUGGGGGCUUGGAGAUCCGCAGCGGCGAUCUCGGUGGCCGUGCAACUACUAGCCAAAUCGGCGAUGCCGUGUGUCAAGUGCUCGAACAGAUUCUCAAGGAAAAGAGCAACAGCAGUGGGGUGUCAAACGGGCGUGUAUAA